AUGCUAAGGUUUACGGCAGGCGACUCUAGGGUUGACGGCGCUCGAGUUCAAGACGCUCACAUGGAGGACGCCGGUGAGAAGGGGCGGCCGCCAGGGGAGCCGCCGGAUGCACCGGAUUCGUGGGCGCAGAAGGUGGGGGGAGGUAGUUUGGGAGGCAGGUUGGUCCCGGAGGAGGUGGUGGACGCGGCCUUCAUUGAAGCAAGACUUUGUUUGGAGUUUCCUGAUGGUGAAGAGGGAGAACCGGUAGUAACGAUUGGUGAGGAGGUUUUGACAGCUAUGAACGGGCUAUGGAAAAACUGUAUGAUUGUUAGGGUUCUUGGGAGGAGCGUUUCGAUUGCAGUUAUGAGCAGGAAGUUGAGAGAGCUUUGGAAACCUAAAGGUGUGAUGUAUGUCAUGGAUCUACCGAGACAGUUUUUCAUGGUUCGCUUUGAGCGUGAGGAAGAGUUUUUGGCUGCACUAACGGGAGGUCCAUGGAAGGCGUUUGGGAGCUACCUUAUGUCUCAAGCAUGGUCUCCAGAUUUCGAUCCUUUGAAGAGUGAUACUGAGACAACACCGGUGUGGGUUAGGUUGUCAAAUAUUCCGGUGAACUUUUACCAUCAAAAGAUUUUGAUGGGUAUUGCGAAAGGUCUCGGGAAACCAGUAAAGGUAGAUGACACUACCCUCAACUUUGAGAGAGCACGUUUUGCGAGGGUGUGUGUGGAGGUCAAUCUUAAGAAACCUUUGAAGGGAACGAUAGUGAUCAAUGGGGAAAGAUAUUUCGUGUCAUACGAGGGGUUAUCGAACAUUUGUUCAUGGUGCGGACUUUAUGGCCACUUGGUCCACUCGUGUCCCAAGAAACCUCAUGAAACGGUCCCAGUAGCAGUAACACAAACUUCACCAAUGAGUGCUCGUGACAAAGAAGGAGCUCCGGCGGUGGAGGGUUUUACUGAAGUACGGAUGGGCAGAAAGCAACCUGCGGAGGUGGCAAAACUGGCAAGAGCUGGCAUUGAUGGUAGUGCACCGAAUAAGGCAAGUGGGGAGCCAAAUAUAGCGUUAUCUAAUAGUUUUGGAAGCCUCAAGGAGAAUAUGGAAAAUCUUGGCGUUGAUGACUCAGGGAGGGAGAAGGAAAGAGAUAGAGGAAAGGAAAUACGCGGGAUCCGGGGAUCAAAGGAAGAUACAAGAUUAGUGGGUAAGGAGAAUAUUGCCCCAAACGCGAAUGUAAACCGGGAGCAGAGUUGGGAGCACGGAAACGGUAUUGUGUUUGGUUCCGGUUCGGGUAAGGGAUUGAAACAAAACCGAAGUGUUUCAAAUGGUAAGAGGAUUGGGCAGGGCAAAGCUGGUGUAGUGGGCCGACCAAAACAACCAAAGGUGAACAGGCCCGCUAGAGGAUUGAUUUUUAGGCCCAGAACAGAUGACAUUGAACUUCCGGUGAAUGGGAAGCGUCCGAGAGUUGAGCAGUCGGACGUGGGUCGUUCCGGAGGCGUGGCGAUAAACGAGAGAGUGGAGACUCAGGCCAAUUCAGUGGAGGGCCAGCACCACCGUGAUGUGCCGAUGGAUGUACAACCGAGUCAGGUGGAGACGGAAGCGGGAUCUGACUUGGCUAUGCAUGGAGCCGCGGUGGAGAAGCCAUCGGAAGAGAUUGGAGCGUAA